AGUUCAUGUUUUUCAAGUAAUUAUCAUAGAUGAUUUAAGCUUUAAUCGAUUCUUUGGAUUUUAGUAAAAACUUGAUAAUUUAUUAAAAAAUGAAAGCUUGACUAUAGAGACUAUUUUUAAUGAAGAUGAUAUAUUGUAGGAAUUAAAAGGAUCAAGCUCAGCAAAAUUUGCCGAUUUGUAAUUAAUAUAGUUUCAUAUAGCCUUAUUUAACAUCCACAGGAAUACAAAAAAAUGAUAGGGUAUAUUGUAAAUGAAAUUAAUGAUGACUCUCUUGAUAAGACGUGUAGAACAAAGUUUUUUAAUAUAUAAUUAAAAUAGGUACCCUUUCUAUUCCAGUGAGGUUUUAGGAUAGGAGAAUGAAAAACUCAUAAACUUUUUAUUUGACAAGCCAGAAGAUGAAAUAUUUGAUGGAAUCAAUAACCCAAUUGAAGAUGAUGAAACAUAGCAAUUAGGAGCAUCGGAUAAGAAUAAUAAUAAUCAAAUUGAAGACUAAGAAACAUAACUAGAAGCAACAUCGAAAAAGACUGAAAAGUUGAAGGAGAAUGAAGAGAUAAGAGCAAAUUUGUUAGAUUAUUUGUUACAACUACUUGAGGAUGACGCGUUGAAUGUUACAACAGCAGGCUAUUUUGCUAAGGCUUUAAAUACAAUCAUUCUGAAAAGGGGAGUUUGUGUAAAUUAUAUUGAUUAAUAUAAAGUUUUGGGAACAUUUGAAACACAAUCCACAGGUGAUUUCAAACUUGUUUAAACAUUGUUAUCUGAAACAUAUUGUAGACAUUAUUGAUAAAUUGAUUUCUUUGGAAGACAACUAUGAAUAGCAUAAUUAAUAUAUGAAUGAUAGAUUUUCCUUAUUACAAAGAUUGGCAUAAAUAUUGAAAGGAAAAGAUUACUCACAAGUGAUAGUUUAAAACAUAUGUGAAUUAUUUGAGGGGUAGUUUAGAAAAGCUGUAUAAUAGUAAGAAACCUAAACAUAAGAAUACAAAAAGAUGUUAUUACAUUUUGUAUAACAAAUUACUCCUUCAUUUUUUAUGUUUAUUGCUUUAUAAACAUAAUAAGCAGUCGCCUAUAAUGUAAUAAUAGCAUAGUUAGAAUUUUUAAACAAAAUGGCAUUUUAAAAUGAGCAUUAAGAUUAGAUUGAGAACACAGAAAAAGAAAGUCUAAAGAUUCCAGAUAUAGCUCCUUUGUUCUCACUCAUUAUCAAAGACUUUUCAAAGGCUUUAAAUUAAUAGGAUUGGUUUAAUGUUUCAUUUACAUCUACAGUUGGUACUUGUAUUACACCUUUAGGGGAAUGUAAAUUAUCAUUAAUCCAACUGAUAAAUAAUUUAUUAAGUAAAUCAGAAUUACAAAACUUCUAUUCCUCUAACAUAUUUUAAUCUAUAAUUAAUCUUGUCAAAUAGCAUCCUUCAAAUAAUUAAUUGCAUCUAUUAUUUGAAAAAAUAGUAUUGACCGUUUUUGCCUCAAAUAAUGAGUAACUUCAAAAAUCUAUGUUUUCCGAAACCAAUUUAAUUACAUUUAUAAUUGAGAAUAAUAACGAUGAUGCUCGAAAGAAUAAAUUUGGAUUUUAAGGAGUGUUGACGCGUCUUUCAAAUUAUUUACAUUAGAAUGCAACCUAAUCUUAAUAAUUUCAAUUGACUUUACAAUAAAGUAAUAGUCUUAUUUAAGUAAUAGCGAAUUCGAAUUGGAGUCAAUAUAUGGAUGGCUUGAAUGAUGUAAUUAAAAAAGAACAGGAGUGGAUCUUAGGAGUAAAUCCAAAAUAAAAAACAUUUUAAUUAUCCGAAGAAAUUUCGAGUCCAAAUAUAAUAAUGCCUGAACCUUUAGUUUAAUAUGCAUAUACAUAACCCUCAGGAUUCAGAAAAUGUGAAAGUUUUGAGAAUAGUGAUGAGGAUAAUGAGGGUAAAAAUGAAGAAGAAAUCUAACACGAGUAACAAGAAUAAAAAAUUGCACAAGAACCAGAAGCUGAAAUAGGUUAACAAUAUGAAGUACCUAAUUAAAAUAACAAUAAUCAGAAGGAUCCAUUAGAUUUAGAUUCUAAUCCUGAUGUUAAAGAAGAGAUUAUCUAAACUUCAGAAUUAAAUCAACCUUCUGAUGAAGAGAUAACUGAAGAAGACUAAUAAAUUCAAUAGGACAAAGAAAAUGAAAGUAAAGAAAAUUUAGAUAAUUAAAUUUAAAUAUAUCAAUUAGAGCAAAUGUAAAAUGCUAAUGAGGAGGUGAUACACACUCAGUAAGUGUAAGAAGAAGAUAAUUUAAAGCCAUAAGAAAACUAACCAGAACAAUAACAUAUUCAAACAGAGGAAAAGGAGCCUAAAUAAGAGGAGUAAAUCAAAUAGGAAGAUAUUGGAUAAUAGGAAUGA